AGAAUGACAAGAAGAUCCUGGAACUCAUGUCCAACAUCAUCCAGCUGCUGACUGGAGAGAGGUUGGAAAUUUUAAUAAAGGACACUGCCCUUAUUACAGAAGAAAUGAAGGAGAAACCACAGCAGCUCAGAUGGUGAAACUGAAGAUAAGGACGAUGUUAUGGCCAAUGCGCAAGCAACGAUGCCUCGUAAUUAUGAGCCAAGCAAGGCUGUGAGUUCUGCUCCAAAAACUUGUGUUUCUUCAUCCACAAAUACUGAGAAUUAUCCAGCAUGUGAUAUUAAAGAUGAAUCAGAUUCAUGGGAAGAGGGAAACCAAUCAGAUUGCAGCAUUCGCCCAGUUAGAGAACAGAUACAGGGAACAGAUACACCUGCUCCAAUGUUGGAAAGCAGCCUGAAUAACAGCUCGGCAGCCGAUGCUCUAUUAGAUAGUAUUAAGGAGAAGCUGGCUGAUUGGGAAGACAAAAAACUUUCAGGCUACAAAAUUGUUACAUUUGCAGAACAGCAGGAAACCUAUUCAGCAAGUGUCAUCAUGGGAUGCAACCUAAAUAACUUGUUAGAUGAUUUUAAAGAAGAGCCUAUUUCAUGGGAAGGGGGAAACCAUUCAGAGGGUAACAUGAAUCCUCUGGUACAAGGUAUUAAUAUCUUGGCGCCUCUCGUGGCAUGGUCAGAAAUUAAUGAAUAUGGCAUUAGUAUCAAUACCAAGUCUACAUUUACAUCUCCAUCAAGUACAGAUUUCAUGCAGGGGAUGUAUAACUGCCACAAACCUUUUCAUAGUAAGAUGUUGCUUCAUGAGCAUCAGAGAAAGAGCCCUAAAACUGAAGAUCCAUUGUCUCCUGAUUGCGGAAAAUCUCCUCUACAUGGACCAGAUCAUAAGUUACCCCAAAAAGGUCACAAUGGAGACAGACGUUUCACUUGUUCCGACUGCGGGAAGUGUUUCAAACAACGCUCCAAGCUUUAUAUACACUGCAGGACUCACACGGGGGAGAAACCAUACGCCUGCUUUGUGUGUGGGAAGCGUUUCAUACAGGUGCCGGAGCUUAAUAUUCAUUAUAGAAUCCACACAGGAGAGAAACCGUUUUCUUGUUCCGAAUGCGGCAAAUGUUUUACGCAGCGCUCACACCUUAGUAUGCACCGCAGAGUCCACUCAGGAGACAAACCCUUUUCCUGCACUGAAUGCGGCAAAUGCUUUAAGCAAAGGUCAGACCUUCACAAACACCACAGAAGUCACACCGGAGAGAAACCGUUUGCUUGCACCGAAUGUGGAAAGCGAUUUGUACAUCGCUCCGAUCUCACGGCUCACAAUUGGAUUCACACGGGAGAAAAACCGUUUCCUUGUUCCGAGUGCGGGAAGUGUUUUGCCUAUCGCUCAGCUCUAAAGACACACAAGAGAAGCCACGAGGGACUGAAACUGUUCUCUUGUUCAGAAUGUGGGAAAUUUUUUAGAUCUCUGUCCGACCUUCACAGGCAUUACAGAUGUCACUCCGGAGAGAAACCAUUUUCUUGUUCUGUUUGCGGGAAAAGUUUUAGACGAUGCUCUGACCUCACUUCCCAUCUCAGGAAACACACUGAGCAGGAGACUGACUCACCUAAUACAUAAUGUAAAUAUGUUCAACAAAGCUGCUUCCUGGACACUACAAACAUCACUGAGAAAUAGCCAUUCUAAAGGUCCCCAUACACGAGCAGAUGUAAACUGCCCACAGAUUAAGAUGGCUGCUUAUUGGGUAGUGUAUGGGGCUCUCAGACGGGCUUACCUGAUCAAUAUAUGGCUGAAAGUCGGGCAGAUGUCAAUUGGGCAAGUUAAAAAAUCCCAUUGGAUCGAUGACCCCAUUGGAUCCUCGAUUCUACUCGUUGUGAUCGAAUCGUUGGGCCCUAGGGUCCACAUUCAGAUCAGGCCGAUAUCGCCCCCUUCAAGGUGGACAAAUCUGGGAGAGAUCCGCUCAUACAGCGACCCUUUAUGUUUGAGGCGAAACAGUGAUUGUAAUUAGAAUUUCUAUUUUAAUUACUAUUAUUAAUAACAUGUAUUCAUAAAGAGCCAACAUAUUCCGCAGUGCUGUGCAAUAAAUGGGUUUAUCCAAACAACUUACAGAAUUAUACACACAGUGACCUAUAACCGAUACAAUAAGUGAAGAGGGUCCUGGCCCAAAGAGCUUACUUUUACUAUAUAUAUAUAUAUAUAUAUAUAUAUAGUAUAUAGUUCUGGAGGUAGCCUGCACUCUCGAAACAUGGUUCAAAUUUGCCUGGGUGCAGUAUCAAAAUUUAAAAAUAUAGCAGGUCAAAGAGAUCUGCACUCUCAGGUCUUAAAUAAAUUCAUAAGAUUUUUAUUUAAGGGAGACUAACGUUUCGGCCUCCUCUGAGGCCUUUCUCAAAGUGCAUAAUACUGUGUGGAAAUGCUUUAAAUACAAGACAUGGCGGGAAAGCUAAUCAAAUUAAGAUGACGUAUCAGCAUCAUCACAACCCAAUUACUAUUCAGGCUACACACUGUAGAACCAUAAGUUAAUACCCAAUCUUAAAAAACCCUUUCUGCAGGUUAAAGCAAUAUGUAAUCACAACAUUUAUAUUGAACAUGUCACUCUAGCUUUAAAACAUUAAGAACAAGAUACUAUGUUACCUAAUAAACUCAAUUGUCAUUU